UAAAUAUCCCGCUUCUUGUCUAAAUAUAACUUCAAGAACAUCAUACAUACUCCACAAAGAGUCAAAGGAAUCCCAGAUAAAUAUCUGAAAUCCUCAUUCUAUAAUUAAAUUAUUAGAUAUAAAACUUUGUUCUACUUUAUGCAUCUUAAAAAAGAAAAAUUUUGAUUUAUUCUCUAUAGUUAUUGGUACAUGAGGUAUGAUUUUGAUCUUUAAUUUAUGCUAUUGGGUCAAGUUCAGGCAUAACCCCAAUAAUAUUUCAAAUGACAAUGUUAAAUUUAAAUUAAUCAGCUAUUUUAAAUUUGUAUCUUAAACACUCUAUAUUUUAGAGGCAGUGUUAAGUCUUUACAAAAGCUAAUUUUUAUUGAUACAAAAAAAAUGAAAAGAUUAUAUUUUAUUUAUAUUAUUGUCCUAUAUUAUUAAUAAUGAUAAUAAUUAUAAUAUGUAACGAGAAAAAAAUGUGGAAUUUUCUAUAAUAAAUUCUAUUUUAAAUAAAAAUCAAUAUAAAUAAAGAUUGGUAAGAAACAUGUGUGCAAGACUUUUAGCAUGUCCUUUGUGCUCACAACCAAGUUUUUUAACAUUGGAUGCUUUGCGAGCAGGAUUAAUAAGCGUUGCAACACGACCUCUUACAUGUCCUGUGUGUAAUGAAGUAUUGCUUGGUAUUGACAAACUUACUAUUCAUUUAUUCAGCCAUACUAUUAAUUUAAGCAAUAGUAAUACGACAGAGACAUUCAAACAUACAAAUAUUACUACCAGUACUCAUAAUCCAGCAUUAAAUAAUUUAGAAAAUAUUACUUUCCAAGAUUGGAAUUUAUCUAAAAUACAAAAUACAGAUUCAAGUAAAUUUUCACAAAAUAAUUUAAAUAUUCAAAAUAGUUUAAUUUCUUCUCAAAAUUUGCAAAAUACGAAAGAUGAAGCUUCAGUUUUGAAUUCAGAAGUUUCUAUCCAUGAUCAAAAUCCAUUAAAUCAUGUAUCUCAAAUUACAUUUCCACAAAAUUCAAUUUGUGAAAAUAAAGAGAUACAUACAUUUCAAAAGAGUAAAGAAACAGAAUCAGAAAAACUCCCUCAACAAAUAUUACAAGAAACAAUAAAAGUAAAUUAUGCUACACAGUACUUUGCUCAUCAAAAUGUUAGACAUAUAAAUUUUAUACAAAAUUAUCCUGAAAUAGAAUAUGAAAAUGUUCAGACAUUUAAAAACUGGAUGCAGGAUCAAUAUUCUGAACAACUAAAUUGUAAUGUGAUAGAAAAAGUGGAAACAUCUGUAGAUAGCAAUAAACCUUAUAACAAUGAACAAAUGAUAAUAAAUAAAUUGCCAAACAUUGCAACUACUUGUAUUAAUAUACCAUUAGAAAAAGCCAAUGAUAAAACCGUACAAGAAGAUUCAUCUGCUACAUGUAAUAAAAGUCAAAAUCAAAGUUUUAAACAUAAUGAAAUAUUACCUCAAUUCAAAUUUAUAAAAACAUUAUCAUCAAGACAAAAGACUGAACGAUGCAACAUAUGUGGUUUUCAUUUUCCUGAUCAUAAUAUUUUGCUUUUACAUAAACAAUUAGUACAUAUGAUCAAUGAAAAAGAUUUAAAUAUUAUUCCUGAAAAUUUACUUAAGAAUUAUUCAUGUCACUUAUGUUCUAAAGUGUUUAAAAUGAGAGGUAGUUUAAUGGUGCAUAUGCGAGUAGCACAUAUGGGAUAUAAUUUAGGAACAACAUGUAAUGCAGCAUUUAAAAACACAUGAAGCUAAACAAUGGGAAUGUGAUGUAUGCAGUAAAAUGUUUACAACAAAAUAUUUUCUAAAAAAGCAUAAAAGAUUACAUUCAGGAGAAAUGCCUUAUAAAUGCAACAUAUGUAACAAAACAUUUACUUUUCAACAAUCAUAUCAUAAACAUAGAUUAUACCAUAAAGAUGAUAAACCAUAUACAUGUACAACUUGUGGCAGAUCAUUUAAAGAAUUAUCUACUUUGCAUAAUCAUGAACGAAUUCACACAGGAGAAAAACCUUUUGCAUGUGAAACUUGUGGAAAAUGUUUUCGUCAACGUGUUUCAUACUUAGUUCAUCGUAGAAUACAUACAGGUGUGAUGCCUUAUAAGUGUACAACAUGUGGAAAAAGUUUCAGAUAUAAGGUGAGUCAAAGAACUCAUAAAUGUCCAACACAACUAACAGGAAAUGUACAACAAACAAAUAUCAUGGAUCAAACAUCAGUAAAUUUACCAGAUAUAAGAGAUGAUAUAUGUAAAACACAAAAAGAAAAUCAAUUAAUGUUGGAUAUGGUACAUAAUGAAGAAAACAAAUAUGUGUUAGUAAUAAAUACUCAAGGUCAACAACUUUUGACAAAAGAAUCUAAUAUUGAAAAAAUAAAAGCUACAAAUAAAAAACAAAAAUUAGAGGAAUGUGCAGUGACGAAUAAUGAAAACGAAAAACUAGGAGGUAUAUGGAAAUCAGACAUUCCUAAUGGUUCUAUGUUUAAGAAACCUUUUGAAAAUUACAAAGCAAUACAGUCAAAAAAUGAAAAAUCAUUUCAAGAAGAUACAAAUGAUUUUUUUUCAAUGGUAAUGUCUCCACUUGAAAAUGGAUCACCCACUGCUGAAAUGAAACAUUUACGAGUAUCGUCUCCUAUACAGAAAGAGGAUAUAUCAAAAUCUUUUGAUACUUUUAAAACUACAACACAUGACAUGGAAAUGAAUAUAUUUAAUACAGAUAUAGAACAAAGCUACAGCAAUGCAGAUAAUAAUGCAAAUAAUUUGCAAACCAUUAAUGAAGAAUCAUUGAAACAACUCUUGUAUAGUAUUGAUGAGAAAUAAUUACCGGACUGUCCAUGAAAGAAAGAAAAUGCAUUAUUAGUUAUCACUGUUAUAAAUAAAUAAGAUUUCUUUAAAAAAGAAUUAUAUUAUGUCAAUUAAAAAAUUAUAACAAAUCUUUCUCUAGUCAAUUAAAAAUACAUUAACAAUAGAAA